UGUGAGAGCGGACACCAUGGAGGACAGACGUCUGCUGGCUCUGACCUCUCUGAUCAUCUACACAGCAACGCUUCCAGCGUUCUCAGCAGGACUGACUGUGAGUCCCAGCAGAUCUCAGUUCCUUCAAAGAGACUCAGUGUCUCUGAGCUGUGAGAAGGACGGAUGGACGGUUUGGAGGAAGACCAGCAGGAGACAGAGGAGUUCAUGUGGAGAUGGGUGGGGAGAACCUGCUGGUUCCUCCUGUAGAAUCAGCUACAUGUUGACCAGAGACAGUGGAGUUUACUGGUGUGAGUCCAGAGAGGGAGCAGCUGGAAGCAGCAUCAACAUCACUGUAGCUGGUAAGAGAGUCUAUACAGUGGUCCUCCAGAGUCCCGUCCUCCCUGUGAUGGAGGGACAGGACGUCACUCUGGGUUGUAGAACCAGCGCUCCCUCCACCCUCUCAGCUGAGUUCUUUAAAGAUGGCGUCUCCAUCGGGACUGAGUCCACAGGUCACAUGACCCUCCGCCAUGUUUCCCGCUCUGCUGAAGGCCUCUACAGGUGUAGCUUCAGAGGUGUUGGAGAGUCUCCACCCAGCUGGAUCUCUGUCUCAGGGAACCACAAGACAGAUCCUCCUCCUGGUUCCUCCUCUGAUCCUCCUCCUGGUUCCUCCUCUGAUCCUCCUCCUGGUUCCUCCUCCCGUCUCCUCCCUGUGUGGAUCUCCCUCUCCUCUCUCGUUGUGGUUCUCCUGCUGGUUCUCCUGCUGGUCCGGUUCUGCAGCAGGAACCCUGAAGGCGCGGCAGCAGAACCUGAAGUCACCUACAGCGACGUCAACAUCCUGCAGCGUCAGCAGCAGCCGGUCCGAUGGAGCAGAGGUGAAAGGUCACCAUAG